AUGGCUCCUAGGAAUUUCAGCUGAGUCACUGAGUUUAUUCUCACGGGAAUCUCAGACCGUCCAGACCUCCAGAUCCCACUCUUCUCUGUGUUCCUGGGUGUCUACGGGCUGACCGUGGCAGGGAACCUGACCAUCAUCACUCUCACCAGUGUUGACUCUCGACUUCAGACCCCCAUGUAUUUCUUCCUCCAACAGCUGGCCACCAUCAACCUUGGGAAUUCUACAGUCAUUGCCCCUAAGAUGCUGAUCAAUUUUUUAGUAAAGAAGCACACCACCUCCUACUAUGAAUGUGCCACCCAGCUGGGAGGGUUCCUGGUUUUCAUUGUAGCUGAGGUUUUCAUGUUGGCUGUGAUGGCCUAUGAUCGCUACAUGGCCAUUUGUAACCCCCUGCUCUACGUGGUGGUGGUAUCUCGGCGGGUCUGCCUUCUGCUGGUUUCCCUCACGUACCUCUACAGCUUCUCUACUGCUGUUGUAGCUUCAUCCUGUGUAUUCUCUGUGUCUUAUUGCUCUUCCAAUGUAAUCAAUCAUUUUUUCUGUGAUAUUGCCCCUCUGUUAGCAUUAUCUUGCUCUGAUACUUACUUUGCAGAAACAGUGGUAUUUAUAUCUGCUUCUACCAAUUUGGUUUUUUCCAUGGUUAUAGUUAUCAUAUCUUAUUUCAACAUCGUUUUGUCCAUCCUAAGGAUACGUUCAUCAGAGGGAAGGAAGAAAGCCUUUUCCACGUGUGCUUCACAUAUGGUGGCCGUGUCAGUUUUCUAUGGGACGAUGUUAUUCAUGUAUUUACAGCCUCAAACUAACCAUUCUAUGGACACUGAUAAAAUGGCUUCUGUGUUUUAUACACUGGUGAUUCCCAUGCUGAAUCCCAUGAUCUACAGCCUGAGAAACAAGGAUGUGAAGGCUGCCUUAAAGAGACUUCUGACAAAUUCAUGCUGUUCUUUAAGUAAAUGUCAUCUUGGCACUAUAGGUAAAUGA